CGACUAUGGAAGCAGGCUUCAUAAAUUGGAGGCCGUCACCACCAUCCCCCCCGACCGUGGCGCCUCAAAGCCUCAUGAAGCCCGCCACAGCGCGGUUGGUCGAUCGCCCAACCCUCCAGGCAAGGCGACGCAGCAAGGCCCUGGCCCCGAGCUCGUCGGUCCGGUCAACCAGCAGCACCGACAGCACCGACAGUACGGAAAGCACCGCCAGCUACAACAUAUCGCCCAUGUCAGGCUGGUCCAGCGGGUGGACAAAGACGUCUGGCUUCGAGUCUGCCUUGACGUCGCCCGACGACCUCAUCAGUCCCCAGAGCCUCCUGCCUGCCGGUCCCUUUGUCACCAGUCACACUACUAAUACGGCGGACGCGUCGUCGAUGAGGCCAGUCCCCUUUAGCAACUCCGAGUUUGAGAACAUAGUAGCCAACUCGUGCCCGUCUGAGCUACCCGCCGACAUUCCCAUGUUUGAUGACCUGCCCACCACCACCUCCUCCUCCAUCGCCAUGGAUCCUCAUAAGACGCAGGCACCCAUGGGCUUGGACCACUCUGCCUUCUCCUUCAACACCAAUCUCCAGUUCCAGCUGCCACUAGAGCACCAGCUGCCGCCUACCAAUACCGUCGAUGACCUCAGCCUACAUGUACCACCACACCCAUCUCACCAGCCACCACUGCCGGCGCUAUCGUCGUCCCAUUCCUCUCCACAGCAGACGUCCAAUAAUGCAGAGUCUAGCAUGAUGCAGCAUGUCGGCUCUUCCGGCCUCACUACCACCACGCAGUCCCUGGCCAGAUCAGCCCAGGACGCUCUCCGCAUGCACAUUGUCGAGUCAAGGAGCAAGAUUGACGACAUCAACGAGAACCGCCUCAUGGUGCAGCUCUGCCAGAUGCCACUGGCUUCCGUCGCCACAGUCGGUCUGGAAACCAUGGUGGACAUACUCGAAGGUCGCCAAGCUUCCUCCCCUCUAAACCUCCUCUGCUUCGUCCACGUCGUCUUCUCCCUGUCUCUGGCGGUUCACGAACAAGAAGCCUCCAAGCACGUUGGUGCCCUCUUCAAGCAAGCGCUGCUGUACAGCGACUGGUUUUCGGACGACGACAAGAUGCUCUUCAUCGAAGUCGUUUACACCUUGUGGAAACCUAGCGCAGUCCGCGACGAGGACAUUAUCGAGCUGUUAAAGUCAAGGCCAUCCAUUGCAGAGGCCGCCGUGGCCAAGGGCAAACAGCCCGAGCGUUCACUCCCGGAACUGAGAUCCGACCCGCUGGUACUAGUUGCGGCCUAUUUCUUAGAUGAGCUCGAGUACAUGGCGCUUAGCGACAGCAAUUACAGUGGACAGCCGUUUGAAAUUGCCCUGCAACACAUAAAGGACAGCGUCGGGGCGACCCACGAUUCGCCGUUUGCCAUUGCGGCACGGUUUAUGAUUGUGAACAUCUUUGCUCAUCAGUACUCCCACUUUCCCGGGUUUGAGCUUGGCAUGGAGAAACUCAUUGGCCAGAUCGACUCUGGCGAGGUGGCAACCGUCCGACGGCUGGAGCUGGAGCUGAUGCAAGCUGGAAAGACAUACCUGCCUUCCGACGCAUUUUUUGACGACUUUAUCGAGGUGGUUCGACGGCACACGGAUUCGCUCUACACGCAGGGCCCUUACUUCAGUCCACGGUCGACAUACCAUCGAUGCGGUAUCCAGCUUCUGUUGAGCGAGUACAGCAGAAGCCCCGUCGCCUUAGAGGCAGGGGUUGAGCCGUCGGGGGCUUCCGGGGCGGCCCAUGGAAUUGUGGGUGUAGUGCCCGGUGGCUUCGACAGUUUCUUCGACGAUAUGGUGAACCUCACCCCGGGCCCUGGGUUAGACGUCGACAACAUGACUGGCGCCUCAUCCAUGGAAGCGGCUGAGUGGACAGUAGAGGAGCCGGCAUUCGUCUCACCAGCAGCAGCAGCAGCAGGCAGUGCCGCCGUAGCCACUCCCGUGCCGCAGGCGGACGAGGAGGCGCUGAUAUCGCCCGUGGUCGCCACGCCCAGCAAGGCGGACCCUUCGGCAUCGACGUCGACCAAGGUGGAAUCGGACAACUGCUGCAAGAUCUGCGGCUACCGACCCAAGGGCGACCCGCGGUGGUUCGCGGGCAGCAUGGCCAAGCACAUGCGCACGAUCCACAGCGACAACCCGCAAAUCUUCCGGUGUCCCUACCCGGGCUGCACGAGCCAGUACAGCAAGCGGGCGGACAACCUGCGGCAGCACCAGAUCGAAAAGGGGCACUUUGUGGACGACGAGGGGAAACAGGGGCGGCGGCCGCGGAAGCGCAAGAGGCCGUCGGAGGGGGGCGGGGAGUGUUGAGGUUUGGUUUGCUGUCCUUUUUUAUACCCUCUUCUUCUUUGUUUUUGAGCUGGCUAUUUGAGUAAUUCUGCGCGCUUUGGUUUGGGACUUAUAAGAAAGCAAAGAGCAGGCAAAGGCGUAUAUA